AUGAAGGCUUUAGCAAGAAGCUAUGUGUGGUGGAAGAACAUUGACAUAGAUAUUGAAAAUAUGGUGAAACAAUACAAGAGAUGCUGUUUGAUGCGUAAAAACCUGACUAAGGUACCUGUACACAGCUGGGGAUAUCCAAAGGAACCGUGGAGUCGUAUUCAUAUUGACUAUUCCGGACCAUUCAUGAACCAAUAUUUCCUUAUGAUGGUAGAUGCCUAUACUAAAUGGUUAGAAGUUAUACCUACUAAUUCUAUGUCAGCUGCAACAACUAUAAAUAUUCUAAAGAAGUUAUACACUACAUUCGGGUUACCAAUAACGCAAGUCUCUGAUAAUGGAAGACAAUUUAGAUCAGAAGAAAUGCAAACAUUCUUAAAAGAAUAUGGAAUUCAAGCUAAAUUUACAGCACCAUUUCAUCCUUCUACCAAUGGUCAAGUAGAAAGAUACGUUCAAUCUGUUAAAAAUAAGCUUAAAGCAAUGAUCAAUGACGAGGGAUCUAUACAAGAAAAAUUAUAA